AUGUUCGGGGCCAGCAGACCGGCAUUCGGUAAUACUAAUCAAUCACAAUUCGGCGGCAAUGCUACUACAGCUUCACCAUUUGCUGCACCACAACCACAGCAGCAGCAGCAAGGCUCAGGACUGGCAGCAUUCGGUAUGAACCAACAACAGCAACAGCCAGGAAACGCAUUUGGAGCUAGAUUUGGUAUAUCUCAAACAACUAAUAAUCCUCCUGGGUUCGGGAAUUCUGGUGCUACUACUCAACCAGCCUUCGGAUCUAUCCAAAAUACAAACACCACUGGACAGUCUUCAUUAUUUGGUGGUGGCAACAAUAAUACCAUGGGUAUGAAUACGACAACAGCAGGAACCAAUUCAGGUACCUCCGCAAAACCAUUCAAACCAUUCCAAGAAAAGGAUAGCACGACAGGAGUAAUAAAUGUGUAUCAAAGUAUCUCAUGCAUGCCAGAAUAUAGAAAUUUCUCAUUUGAAGAGUUAAGAUUACAAGAUUAUCAAAUGGGUAUCAAGAACUCAACAUAUGCUCCUACAAACACUUCUACAAACAUGAUAAUGGGACAAAAUAAACCUUCAUUGUUCGGGAAUGCCAAUACAGCUACUACAAAUAAUACAUUCGGUGGUCCUAACUCCUUUGGAACUAAUAAUAACACUGCGGCGGUAGGCAGCAGCGGCAGAACUGGAUUAUUUGGUCAAAACAGUAAUCAAGGUAACUCACUCUUUGGGAACCAAACAACACCGUUUGGCGCUCAACAGGGAAAUACAGGGUUAUUUGGACAGCAGCAGCAGCAGCAACCACACCAACAACAAGGAAAUACAGGCAUGUUCGGACAACAACCACAACAACAAAAUAUGUUUGGAACUAAUGCCAAUACUAUGGGAGGAAGCGCUGGAGGGUUAUUUGGUCAACAGAAACCUGGUGGCUUAUUUGGAAAUGCGAAUCAACAGCAACAACAGCCAAAUACUGCUGGAGGUCUUUUCGGUAACAGACCUUCAGGAGGAGGUUUGUUUGGGCAAACAAAUGCAAAUACAGCAACAGGUGGUAGUGGAUUAUUCGGCCAACAACAACAACCUUCUCAAAUGAACCCAUUUGGUAAUAAUGCAGCAACAAACCAACAAGCUACCACAGGAGGACUAUUCGGAAACACACCUAAACCUGGUGGUUUAUUCGGACAACAGCAAGCUACGCCAUUUGGUCAAAGUACAUCAACAUCAUUAUUCGGACAGAAUCAACAACAACAACAACAGCCAUCAGGUGGAUUAUUUGGUCAAACCAACACCAACCAACAAACGCAACCUUUCGGUGCUUCCAAUACCACAGGAGGUGCUUUAUUUGGUGGUAACAAACCAGCAACGUCUACCGGAUUGUUCGGUAACACAAGCCAACAACAACCUGGGGCUACUGGUGGGUUGUUUGGUAAUGCAAAUGCAAACCAACAACAACAGCAACAACAACCAGCUGCAGGCCUUUUCGGUGGCAAUAUUCAAAGUGGUGGCGGUAUGUUUGGUCAAAAUAAUAAUGCAUCUAACUUUGGUGCUGGUGCUAAUACAAACACUUCCACCGGUCUAUUCGGUGCUAAUAAGCCAACCACAAGCACAGGAGGGUUAUUCGGUAACACUAAUGUCAACGCAAAUAACAAUACAGUUGGCGGUGGUGGUGGAUUAUUUGGAAAUACUACAAACACUGGAAGUACAGGAUUAUUUAGUGGAGCCAAACCAGGUAGUGCGGCAACAACGACGUCUAAUACAUCAACUUUAAGUGGUCUAGGUGGUGCAGGCAGUGCUGGGUUAUUUGGUGGUGCAAAUGCUAAUGCUAACGCUGGUGGACUAUUUGGUAAUAAACAACAACAACCUAAUACAACAAUAACAGGAGGAGGCGGACUGUUUGGUAAUAACAAUACGAAUAACAAUACUACAGCGUUGAAUAAUGGUAUGAGCGGAGGACUUUUCGGGAACACCGCUAAUUUUCAACAAAAUCAACAGCAACAAUUGCAACAGCAGCAGCAAUUGCAACAACAGCAACAAGAACAACAAAAGCAAUUAUUGAGCUCAAAUCCAUAUGGCACAAAUGAGUUAUUCUCAAGAGUUGUAAUUCCAAAUUCAUCGUCAACUGUUCAAGCCCUCUCUGCGAAGAUAACUGCAGACAAGAAGAGAAACGGCACUUUGUUAAAUUCAUAUAGGAAGGCACCAAAACCAUUGUUCGCACCGAAGCCAAAUAAUGACAAACUACUAAUAACAUCUUCGUCGUUAACGAAAACACAAACUCCAACGCCACAAUUUUUAAUUAAUGCGGAUGCAUUAAACAAGAAUAAAUUUAAUACUGUUAGUUUUGAUCGUGAUGCAGAAGAAGCCAUAUCUAACAUUGCAGAGAGGUUAUUCAAACCAGAAGAAAAAUCAUAUAAAAAACUACUCAUGGAUAAGAUGGUCGCCCAAAAGGAGAUGGAAAAGCAAAAAUUAAAUGAAAAAAAUAAUCAAAAGCUUACUGAACCAUCAGUACCUGAUGCUGUCUUACCUAAUGAAAAAAAUAUCAAUAACAAUGUAGGCAGUCCAACAAUCGAGUCGAAAACAGAUAAAUUAAAGGACAACAACAAUAACAAGAAGGAUGCUCCGCAGAACAGAGAACUAAAUGGAGAAAAGCCGGUACCAGAAGAUGAAAAUAAAGAACCUAUAGAACAAAUCAAAGGAUUAAACAGAGAGGAUUUCUCCUACAUUGAUGAUUUCUAUUACAUUUCCCCAUCUCUCGACACACUAGUUAAGAAAUCAUUAAUUCAAUUACGUGAAGUAUCAGAAUUGAUAGUUGGUCAUAAGAAAUUCGGUAAGAUUGAAUUCUUAGAACCUGUAGAUUUAUCUACUUUCCCCUUACCAUCUUUAUGUGGUGAAAUUAUCCAUUUUGAAUCCAAGAAAUGUUCAUUUUAUAAGAAUUCAAACAUCGUUCCUGUUGAAAAUGAAGGGAUUAACGUUGCUGCUAGGAUUACAUUGAAUGGGUGUUAUCCAUAUGAUAAAUCUACAAGAGAACCUAUAAAGGAUCCAAGUCAUCCAAGUGUUAAAAGGCAUAUUGCAAAUUUUAGAAGAAAAACUGAUUGUAAGUUUGAAAAUUAUGAGCCUUCCACUGGUGCUUACACUUUUACAGUCAAGCAUAUUUGUGAUAUAUGA